GCUUCCACAAACCAGACUGGAUCUGAUAAAACCAGCACAAAGAGCAAUAGCUCUGCCUUUUUCUACUUUAAGUCCUGUCGACCCCGUUCUCUAGCCUUACUCCUAUUACUCAUAGCCUAUACUGUAAUCUUAAUUUUAGGCCUUUUUGGAAAUCUCUCUCUCAUCAUCAUCAUCUUUAAGAAGCAGAGAGAAGCUCAGAAGGUCACCAACAUACUGAUUGCCAAUCUCUCCUUCUCUGACAUCUUGGUGUGUGUUAUGUGCAUCCCUUUUACUGUCAUCUACAUUUUGAUGGACUAUUGAAUAUUUGGGGAUAUCAUGUGCAAACUAACCUCCUAUGUGCAGAGUGUCUCCAUUUCUGUGUCUGUAUUCUCACUUGUAUUAAUUGCUAUUGAAAGACAUCAGCUAAUUGUGAACCCCUGUGGCUGGAAGCCCAGUGUAUCUCAUGCCUACUGGAGUACCUCAUUGAUUUGGCUAUUUUCUCUUCUGUUGUCUAUCCCCUUCUUCCUGUCCUAUCAACUCACCACUGAACCCUUUCACAACCUCUCCCUCCCCACUGACCUCUACACCCACCGGGUGGCCUGUGUAGAGAACUGGCCCUCUAAAAUCAACCAGCUCCUCUUUACCACCUCUCUGCUUAUGCUCCAGUAUUUUAUCCCUCUAGGCUUCAUCUUCAUCUGCUACCUGAAGAUUGUUAUCUGCCUCCGGAGGAGAAACGGGAAGGUUGACAGAAAGAGGGAAAAUGAUAGCCGGUUCAGUGAGAACAAGAGGAUCAACACAAUGUUGAUUUCCAUCGUGGUGACAUUUGGAGCCUGCUGGCUGCCCUUGAACAUCUUCAAUGUCAUCUUUGGCAUCAUGAGGUGUUGAUGAACUGCCACCAUGACCUGGUAUUUGUAGUUUGCCACUUGGUUGCUAUGAUUUCUACAUGUAUAAACCCUAUCUUUUAUGGCUUUCUCAACAAAAAUUUCCAAAAGGACCUGAUGGUGCUUAUUCACCACCGCUGGUGCUUUGCACCUCAGGAAAAGAUAUGAAAAUAUAGCCAUCUCCACUAUCCACCCAGACAAAUCUAAGAGAUCUUUAACAAUGGCUCACAUACCAACAGGUAUAUAAAUAUUGGCAACAUUUAAUGCAGAAAUCUUUCAUGAAUGGGAGAUGAGG